AUGCUCUUCCGUGCUUCGGAUAUGGCUGCCGGCGUGGGGUGCAGGAUGGUAAACCGCAAGUUAUGCGUAUUGGGGGUUCAAGAGGCAAAGAUGCAAAACGGCAUGCAGCACACACACACACACACACACACACACACACACACACACACCGAGAAACACACAGAAAAGAGAGAGAGAGAGAGAGAGAGAGAGAGAGAGAGAGAGAGAGAGAGAGAGAGAGAGAGAGAGAGAGAGAGAGAGAGAGAGAGAGAGAGAGAGAGAGAGAGAGAGAGAGAGAUAUUUACCUUCGUUUAA